AUGACACCACCGAAGAAGCACGAAUCACGCUCCACGGCGGCGAGACUGAAAAGGCUUUUUCGACAAAGAACAACUAUUCUCGGUUCUGCCGCGUUGGUCAGAAAAUUUGAUGAACAAUACCAAGACGGACAAAUUCACCAACUUAAAGUGCGGAUUGAAUCUUUAGACCAAUUGUGGGCAGAAUUUGCACGGGUGCAAGAUGAAAUCGAAGAGCUCGAAUGUCACGUAGAUUUCGACGAAGAAGAUGAUGAUGUUGAGCCAACUUUGUCCGAGCAACGCAUCCGUUUCCAAAAUUUGUACUUUGAGCUCAAAGCGUCGCUCAUUAGCAAGCUACCGGCCCCAGGCGCUUCGGCUACGGUUGCUUCUACGCCACAAGACCAUCGUCCACCGGUUCAACCAACGCAUUCUGUGCGGUUGCCGGAGAUCAACAUUCCUGAGUUUUGCGGCAAUCCAUCCAACUGGAUUGUAUUUCGGGACAUUUUUCGGUCCAUGAUACACAUGAAUGUGCAACUCUCGUCGGUGCAGAAAAUGCACUAUCUGAAGGCGGCUCUCAAAGGCGAUGCUGCUCGUAUUGUUGCUAAUUUGGGAGUGAAUUCAGGAAACUAUCCGAUCGCAUGGAAAUCGGUUUGUGAGCGAUACGAUAAUCCGAAUCUUCUACGGAAACAUCAUUUCGCUACUCUUUUUGCAAUUCCUUGUGUAAAAAGGGCUUCGUCGUCGAGCUUAUAUAACCUCGUUGACGAAUUCGACCAUCAGGUGGGAAUUUUAGAGAAGCUGGACGACCCAGCUAGUCUGUGGGACACUGUGCUCGUUGAAACCCUGAGUAAGCGAUUAGAUACUGCUACGCUCAAGGAAUGGGAAAAUUCGUGUGAGGUAGAAGAGCGCCCAACUUACAAGAACCUGGUAGAUUUUGUACGGAAAGCUUCGCGUGUGCUGCAAUCCGUAACGCUGUUGCAGUCUCCGAGUCAAUCUUCCGAAGCAAAACCCACUAAACCCAAACCGAUUUCCACUCAUAUAGUAACAGAGACAACAAGCAAAUGUUCUCUUUGCAAACAAGCCCACCCACUCUACAAAUGCGAUCAGCAUGGAGACGAAGCCACGUUUUGA